GCGGGAUGGUUGGCUCACAGUGCGCAUGUGCAAGACUGAGGCGCUAAGGAGUGGUGCGCAGUGAGUGAGAGCUUCGUGUGUGGAGCCGCUACACAGACUUUUCCUCCAGAUCUGUUUGUUAUCUGCCUCCUGUUACAUUGGGUCAGAACCAGCAGUGCAGAGAGUAUACAGCCGUGCUGCUCACCGUAACCUUUACAGGAGUAAAAAAUGACUGGAAGAGCAAGAGCCAGGGCCCGUGGGAGAGCCCGUGGUCAAGAGCGUGGCCCCCCCGGACAGGAAUAUCCUCAGAGGCCACAGAGGCCACCUCCACAGCAGUUUCCACCACAGCAGCCAUUUCCACAAGCGCCUCCAGCCGAGCCAGAGCUUGUAGGCCGUGGGCGCCAAAGAGGAGCUGCAGCAGCUGCUGUAAGGCCAAGAGCUGAAGAUCCUGUACAGGAGAUCUCUGCUGGAUUUCAGGAGGUAACAAUUAGUGAACGUGGUGGCCGCAGGCGUGAUUUUCACGAUCUCGGUGUCAACACUCGUCAAACAAUCGAGCAUGUAAAGGAAUCUAAGACCGGUGUUUCUGGGAGUACAAUCCAACUAAGCACCAACCAUAUAAAAUUGGUAUCCAGACCCCAAUGGGUUCUAUACCAGUACCAUAUUGACUAUAAUCCUCAAAUGGAAUCCAGACGCUUGAGGACAGCUUUGCUUUAUCAGCACGAGGAGCUGAUUGGUAAAGCUCGGGCUUUCGAUGGAACCAUGUUAUUUGCCCCAAAGAGGCUAAAUAAGGCUACAGAAGUGUUCAGCCAAACCCGAAAUGGAGAGAACGUGAAGAUCACCAUUACUUUAACCAAUGAGUUGCCCCCUACAUCCCCCACAUGCUUCCAGUUCUACAACAUCAUAUUCAGGAGGCUGUUGAAGAUGAUGAAUAUGAAGCAGAUUGGACGCAAUUACUAUAACCCCAGUGAUCCAAUAGAAAUUAGUCAGCAUAAUCUAACUAUCUGGCCAGGCUUCACUACAUCCAUCCUGCAGUACGAAACUAGCAUUAUGCUGAGUCUCGAUGUGAGCCAUAAAGUUUUGAGAAGCGAGACCGUACUGGAUGUUAUGACCAAACUGUAUCGCAUGCACGGAGACAGAGACUUCGCCGAUGCUGUCACGAAAGAACUGCUCGGGCAGAUUGUACUUACAAAGUACAACAACAAAACCUACCGUAUUGAUGAGAUAUGCUGGAAUAUGACUCCGCAGUCCACCUUCAAGAAGUCAGAUGGCAGUGAUAUUAGCUUUGUGGAUUACUACAGAAUGCAAUAUAAUAAAGAAAUCAGAGAUCUGAGACAGGCUCUUAUUGCCAACAUACCGAGAAGGGUGAGGCCUGGGGGUGACACAGGGCCUAUCGUUUUAGUGCCUGAAUUGUGCAACCUUACAGGUUUGACCGAUAGAAUGAGGAAUGAUUUUGGUGUCAUGAGAGACCUGGCAGUUCACACAAGGCUGCCCCCAGACCAGAGAGAGAAACAAGUUGCGAGGUUCCUGAACUACAUUCACAAAGAUGAGAAUGUCCAGAAGGAGCUUCGAGACUGGGGGCUAAAUUUUGAUAAACAGCUAUUGCCAUUUGUUGGCAGAGUGUCUCCUCCUGAAAGGAUUCUGCAAGCUGGAAGAACCGCAGAUUACAACCCUCAGUUUGCAGACUGGUCUCGAGAAAUGAGAGGACAAACUCUGAUCAGUGUGAGACAUCUGGAUAACUGGAUGCUGCUGUACCCCAGGAGAUGCUACGAUGCCGCUCAAACUCUUGUACAGACUCUAAAUAAAGUGGCACAGCAGAUCGGAAUGAGGAUGAAUAAUGUGAGGAUGUUUGAAGUAGAUGACAGAGCCAAUUCCUAUAUACAGGUUUUGAAUGCAGAAGUCAAUCCAGAUACGCAGAUGGUAGUCUGUGUACUGUCCAGCAUUCAUAAGGAGAAGUACGACUCUAUAAAGAAAUACCUCUGCCUUCAAAUCCCCACUCCGAGUCAGUGCGUCGUGGCUCGUACAUUAAGUAAACCGCAAACCGUUCUCUCUGUUGCUACAAAAAUUGCGAUGCAGAUGAACUGUAAGAUGGGAGGAGAACUGUGGAGCGUGGAAAUACCGCUUGGUGAAAUGAUGGUCAUUGGCAUUGAUUGCUACCAUGAUACCUUGUCAGGCAAAAGAUCUAUCGCUGGGUUUGUCGCCAGUAUGAACAGAAAUUUGACUCGCUGGUAUUCUCGCUGCGUACUUCAGGACCAAAAGCAGGAAAUUGUGGAUGGUCUGAAAGUCUGUUUGCAAGCCUCGCUCCAUGCCUGGUUUAACUGCAACAAGAACUUACCUUCCCGCAUUCUCAUCUAUCGGGAUGGCGUUGGAGAUGGGCAGCUGAAGACCCUGGUGAACUAUGAAAUCCCCCAGUUCCUGGAUUGCAUUAAAUCUGCAGGAAGAGAUUACUGCCCCAAACUGUCCAUAAUUGUAGUAAAGAAGAGAAUCAAUGCCAGAUUUUUUGCCCACCUGGGAGGCAGGAUACAGAAUCCUCCCCCGGGCACCGUCGUGGAUGUAGAAGUGACCAGGCCUGAAUGGUACGACUUCUUCAUCGUCAGCCAGUCAGUGAGGCAAGGGACUGUGUCUCCUACUCACUACAAUGUUGUGUAUGAUAGCAGCGGCCUGAAGCCCGACUACAUGCAGCGCCUCACCUACAAACUCUGCCACCUUUACUAUAACUGGCCUGGAGUGAUCAGAGUGCCGGCUCCGUGCCAGUAUGCCCACAAGCUGGCCUUCUUGGUCGGGCAGAGCAUUCACAAAGAACCCCACUUGGCCCUUUCCAACCGCCUUUACUACCUCUAGAUGAAAUGAGGAGCGGGUUCCGCUAUCUGUUUCCCGGUGCUAUAUUUUGAGUUUUUUUCUUAAAUCAAAUUUGGGAAGAGUUUCCCUAUAUUUAUGUUUAUUGCAAGUUGCCAUUUUUUUUUUCUGGAAAAUUAUUAAUAUAAAAUGUUUCAGACACAGCGGAGAAGUGAUUGAUAGAAGAGGAAAUGUGUAUUUUCUGCUUGUUUUUCUUUAUUGUAUAAAUGAAAAUAAUUAAUUUGUUUUUGUUAAUUAACUGUGUGCAUUAACGUUUGUUAGACUGCCCAAACACUGAGGGGGGAAGCAGAAUGGUAUAGUCCCACUAGCGCUAGCAGCACACGGAAGGUUAACCCAAUAUUUACCCUUAAUAUAAUGUGUCGCUGGCAACUAAAUGGGAGCUUGGAAUUGAGGUGCCAAUGGGCAAUGUGUGCUGGGCACCAUAUACACACAAGUAAUGACGGCAUCUCAAUGGUUGGCACUGCGACCAGUCAGAAUUCAGCUACACUAUCACUCAAGCCCAAACAGCCCCCCAGCCCAAUAAAUAGUGACUGUCUGUGGCACCUUACAGCCCCCCUGGCAUUCC